AUGAAAUAUUGGCCAUUGGGCAUGUUCUUCUUCUUCCCUAAUAUCAUUCAUUGUUCGAGGAAUACUCACAUAGGUAUUCUUCUGGAAGAACAUAUCCACGAUUAUAUUCGUGAAGCUAUUAAUUUCAUUGAAAGUGCAUUUAACGAUCGUAUUCUAACAGCAUACCCGGAUUGCGGAUUCCAUUCAAUUUUUCGUUACGUUAACUACUCGGACCACGAACAAAUAAGAGGAAAAGUGUGUGAACUUAUCGAAGCUGGUGCAGUAAUAAUUCUCGGACCUCCAAGAAGAGAAUUUGCUCAGUUCAUCGAACCGAUUUGUCGAGAGCUGGACGUAGUUUUCAUCAAGUAUCAUUGGGAUCCUUUCAAAGAUUUCACUGCAGAUGAGACGUUUCGACAAUCGUUCAAGGAAAGUUCAGUGAAAACGGGACCCAUAUGCAUUGAAAUUAAUCUUACAGUAUUACGUAGUGUGCCACCGGAUGUAGGGCGGCUAGUAGCACGCACUCGUCACUGGCUAAGUGUACCAGCGACUCCAAGACAAUUAACCCCGAUUCUGUCGCGUAUCUUCGUAACCCCUUCAUUACUGAUGGUUGAUGAUUCCACCGAACACGGAUUGAUGAAAGCUGCGCUGGCCCUAAGAGGGAUUUGUGAUUGGAGUUUCUGUUGGGUGAAUAGAAAUAAGGUGGUUAUUGACAUGAAUCCCAACAGUACGCUACGAUUUCUUGAUGCUGCUCUCAAGCUAGGAAUGAUAAGUAUCCAUAAUUGGUUCGUGGUCACCAGUCUGGAUAACUUGGAUACUUAUCUUGAACAAUACGUACAUAAUACUAUGCGACUGUCGCUUAUAUCCAUAUGGAAGGGGGAUAUCGAUCCGUUUCUUCACAAUCGCGCAGAGAUCAAAGAGCUCUAUCAACGUUGGCUACGCAAUCUACGGGAACCAAAGAUAACGCCUUUUAAAGAUUUCGCCUACAUUUUUGAUGCAUUGCUUACUUCUUGCCAUAUUAGCCAACCUCAACGGAGGAAGCGUUCAUGCAAGACAACUUUUAUGAUUAACAGUGACGAAAUUAUACGUGUACAGCCCGUCCGUGGAUUGACUGGUCUUCUAUCGUUUGAUCCCAAAGGAGAACGACAAGAAAAUGAGCUUCAGAUAUGGGAACUGGGAAUGAAUGGAACUCCGUUAAAUACCGGAUCGUGGUCAUCGGACAGCAGCGGCACGAAACAACUCUCAAUGAGAGCGGCGACUAUACCUGGAACACAAGAGUAUGAUGCCAAUAGAAGGCAUCAGGCUCGCGUCCUUCGAGUUUCUACUAUUGCAGAACGACCAUACGUGAUGUUAAAGAUCCUACCAAGCGGAAAAGUCACUUAUGAGGGCUUCUGCGUGGACCUACUGGACCGACUUGCUUCUUCGUUACAUAUAUCCUAUGAAAUUUCGAUAGUAAAAGAUGGGAAAUAUGGUGAACCAACAUCCAGCAAUGGAAGCGAAUGGGAUGGAAUGAUUGGGGAAAUUUUGAGAGGGGAAGUGAUUGAGGAGGCGGAUAUGGCUGUUGGACCGAUAACCGUGACGGCAAGACGUCUGGAAGUGGUGGAUUUCACUGAUCCAUUCCUUCAGAUAGGAAUUUCCAUGUUGAUGCGGCAGCCUAGCCAGAAACCAUCUUCUGCUUUGACAAGCUUUCUUUGGCCAUUGUCAGCAAGUUGA